AUGCAGCAGGACGCUUCCAAUGACUUCUGCGCUGAGCGUGUGCAGCUGAUUUCCAAUCGUAAUCAUCUUGGCUGGGACACAUCCGCCGGCCUAUACCUCGAGAACGUGCUGGAUAAUAAGGACGACGCUCUACAGAAACAGAAGAUCAAUGCCUGGAUGGCCAUGGACACGUUAUUCGUCUACCUGUACGUACGACCUGGUGCAGCACCGCGUCAUGUUCCAGGUGAUCGCCUUCCGCUCCUUUGCCAUAUCUUUUCGCUGGUUUUCGUGUCUGGUUCCAGUCCGAUCCAAAGCACGUGGGUCGUGUGUCAGUUCGGCGUCAUGAUCGUGAUCGCCUUCCCACAAACUUUCUGGCCACCUGGAACGUGUACCGCAGUCAGUGGUUCUGGCUCGGUAUGCCUCUCCUCGAUGAGUUCCCCAACAGUAUCGCCGACUUCAUUGCCACUCUGUUCGUCGUAA